AUGAAGUCCUCAGACCCCGCCCGUCCCAGCAGCCGUCGCGCCGCCUCCGGGGCAUGGAACCGCCUCAAGCCUGUCCGCGAAGAUGUCCUGGAGACAUACGGGCUGCCCUCAAAGGGCGAGACACGGCUGAACGACUUCAAAACCCAAGAAGUAUACUUCAACCGAAUCAUCGAACGCUACAUGAAACUCUGCGCCCUCAACCGCGAAGAACUCGACCGUCUCUUCGCCUCCGUCAGCGUCCCCUCAGACGCCACAGCCGCAGAUACAAAGGCCAACGAAACAAGUAAACUCACAUCCUCGUUCUCCUCGCUCUCGCUAUCCAAGCACGCGCCUCCGGAACACCAAGCCGCCAGUCGACCACCCCUCGCUACAGCGUCCACAAAUACUAGCAACAUACAUCCUAUACCGCAGAAAGCGUUUGCACCCUCGAUAACAGAGUUGGCAACGGUACUGGCUUCGUUGCGUAAACUCCGUGAAGCAAUAACCGCGUCGAGUCGGAGUGACGCCUUCACCCUCCGCGCAUACACCUUCGCCAUCCACGUGUCCGUCCUGUGUCAUGACUGGAACUCAUAUCUACCAUCCCUACUCUCGCUACUCAAUACAAUUCAUCCCCGGAACCCGCUGUCGCCGUCGACACUGCACGAGUUUGUAGGCCUCUUGAUUCUCGAUCAGGCGUGUCGGCAGUCUGAUUUCUCGGGCGCGCGGGCAACGAAAUUGGCAUACGGGUAUAAGGAUUGGAGGGUGGAGAAGGUGCUCAAGUGUCUGGUGGCGGAUGAUUACGUGGGGUUUUGGCGGGUGAGGAGAGCGGUGGAUGGGUAUCAGAGGAGUGUUAUGGAGUGGGCUGAUGGGGGCGUAAGGGUGCAUGCGUUGAAGUGUCUGGGCAAAAGUUAUUUGAGUGCUGAUAGAAGGUUUGUGGAGAGGUGUACGGAUCGGAGGUGGGAAGAGUUGGUGGAAGAUGGGGUGGGGUGGGCACUGAGCGCUGACGGGGAGAAGGUUAUGAUCAAGAAGCCAAAAGGAGCUUGA